GUGUGUGUGUGUGUGGGUGUGUGUGUGUGUGUUCUCGCCGUAGAUCGAUUCACUCAGACCCUCUCAGAGGGACAGGCCGGUCUCUCUGUCUCCUGGGACGAUGAGUGGAUUCUGGGCCUCCAGACGUCCGUUCUGGCCCUGGUCCAGGGGGGACGCGACCCAGAAUGAGAGCAGCCAUCUCAUCCCCAAGGAGGGCCAGGCGGCCGUCGGGGAGCCUCCGUACGGCCCCGUCGGCGACGCAGAGCCCCGGUACGACGGCAGCGGGGAGAACCAGGGCUCCAGCCAGAGCGACCCCAAGACCUUCACGCCCCGCCGCCGCCGCCACCGCCACCAGCGCACCACCGGCUACUCCUUCGGCGACCACUGCCUGAAGCUGCUGGUGUUCUCCAGCAACCUGCUGUUCUCCGUGCUGGGCAUGGCGGUGCUCUGCCUGGGGCUGUGGGGCCUCAUCACCAAGGAGUCCUUCGCCCAGGAGCGCAUCGGCAGCAUCGGCACCGACCCCAUGCUGGCGUUCGUGGCGCUCGGCUCGCUGCUGGGCGCCCUGUGCCUGUCGGGCUGCGUGGGCGCGCUGCGGGAGAACGGCUGCCUGCUGAGGUGCUUCUCGGCCGCCGUGCUGGCGCUGAUCGCCGCCCAGGUGCUGGCCGCCAUCGCGGCCUUCAGCCUGCAGGGGGAGGUGGAGGGCUACCUGCGCUCCGGCCUGCUCGUCGCCAUGGCGCGUUACCAGGACGACCUGGACCUCAGGUUCAUCGUGGACGAGAUCCAGACCGGCCUGGAGUGCUGCGGCGCCGACGACUACCGCGACUGGGAGGUCAACAUAUAUUACAACUGCUCGGCCCCGGGGGUGCUGGCCUGCGGGGUCCCGGCCACCUGCUGCGUGGCCCCCCUGGAGAACGGCACGGUAUGGAACUCCCAGUGCGGCGUGGGGGCCCAGGCGCUGGACUUGUUCUCGGCCCAGAGCGUGGUCUUCCUGGGGGGCUGCCUGGGGGGCACGGCCCGCUGGGUGGAGCGCCACUCGGCUGCCAUCGGCGUGGCGGGCGUCGUGGUGCUGGGGGUCCAGAUCCUCACGCUGUCGGCCGCCGCGCGCCUCCUGGACACCAUCCAGUGGCACAAGGCCUACAGCCGGGGGCUCCCCCGCUGA